CCGCCGGACCUGAGCGCCGGCGACCAUCAUGCGCCGACACCGUCGUCGCUCGGCGCAGACAUCAGAGACGCGCGCGCUUCGGUCGCUACACCAGCGCCUGCGCACGCACCGCUUCCCUCCGGCGAUGCCACCGACUCUUCCGCCAUGGCCAGCUUCAGCGCCUGGGGUACGCCCAUGAUGGGCCAGAACGGCGCAGUGGGUGGUGUACCUGCAGGCUCUAUCGCUUUUGCGCAAGCCAGUGGCUCUCCAGACGCUGCACAUUCAGCGCAAGACAAGCACAAAGAGAAGCGAACCAAGGUCAGCCGCGCCUGCGACGAGUGUCGCCGUAAGAAGAUCCGCUGCGACGCUAUAGACGAGACGGGCAGCGUGCCAUGUACCAAUUGUGCUCGGACCGGAGCGCGCUGCGCAUUCAGCCGGCAGCCCAUGAAACGUGGUCCGAGCAAGGGAUAUAUCAAAGAGCUGGCCGAACGAUUGAACACCCUUGAGCAGCAGGUCCAUCCUCCUCAUCUAGAACAACAGCACCGAUAUGAGAUUCAACAGGUGCAGCAAGCUAUGUCAGAUGGCUUGCAACACUAUCCGCAAGACCCAAGACUCAUGCGUGAUCCUCGUGCGGGCGACAAGAGGCCCCACGACUUGGCAGAAUCACUACAAAAUGGCCAGAUGACAAUACCACCAGCUCCAAUGGGACACAUGCAACAGACACAAUACCCCGCGCAGAUGCAACCUCCCGUGAACCCCGGACCUAUGCAACCCUUCUGGCGCUAUGGUGCACCAAACGAUAACCGCCGCGAGACAGUAGGCCUAGCCUAUGAACAAGAGGCACCAAACAGCGCGAUGCCAGAAUUUGAUUGGGAUGAAGCCGUUAUUGAGGAAUACUACCGGAUUAUACACCAGACCUUUCCACUUCUUGCCAAUAAUAAGAAUAGACUUCGACAACGUCUGGCAGAAUGCCCAGCUUCACUCAGAGAGGCCUUUUUGGCUGCACUCGAUUGUCUCAUGCGGACAUUCCCGACAACAACUCUGACUCCAGCCUCCGACUAUGCGCAGGCUUUGAAGCGUACCGCGGAACUGUUAGCCAAGUAUCCUUUCGACAACCCAAGCACACAUACAAAUGCCACGAAUCUGGUUUACCUGCAGACUCUGAUUUUGAUGGCUUUAGAGAGCGACAACCACGGCCCAGCAACAAUCAGAGGCCAGGCAGGACCCAGCCGCGCAGAGUGGCUCGGUCGUGCCGCGGGUGUGGCGGGCCAGCUGGAGAUCAACGUCAUUCGCACUACAAGCCAGUCAUUAGUAGAAGGUGACAGGGACUCCGAGGAGCGUCUAGCGAGGAGAGUAUGGUGGGUACUGUUCAUCCUGGAUCGUUGGCACGCAUCUUCGACUGCCGAUCUCCUCAAGUUGCCCGAGAACAGUGUAGUGCUCUUGCCCGAGGAUCAAAUCUUGCUGGGAGAGUCGACGUAUAACCUCGCUCGUCUCUCCUUCAUCAUUGGACACUUGGCAGCAAUCCUUACAACAACCAAGACACCUUCAACAGAUGUCAUGGCGCCUUCUAACCCUGCAUCGUCAUUGCUUGGUCUCACUCUGGCUGGAGAAAUUGAUCGCUUCCGCGAGUCCGUGGAGUCUGUCUGGGGUUCGCUGAAUCUGGUACAUCUCAGCUACCAUCACUGUCACUUGCUCAUCAAGCGCAUGAACCCAACGACUGAGCCCUCGGAAUUGGUUGGUCAUGCGGUGAAAGUGGCGACUAUGCUCAACAGUCGGCUGACACCAGUGACGCCGCUCAAUCACCAUUUCGGUGCCCUAGCUGCUAUGACACUUUGCGAGCUCGCAGACGUUCCGAAGACUCGGGCCGAAGCAGCAAAGGGUCUUGAGCAAAUGGCAGAGAGCCUCUCCACCGGGCGCGGAUUGGCAGGAAAGCUAGAAAGUGAAGGCUGGGACGGUGCUGUACGUGAACUUGUGAACAAGAAGAGGGAAGCCAUGUUGCAGUAUGGCGAUGGACUGCACGACCUAGCCAAUGCAGCGGCAGGUGUGGUCGAGCCCAAGUUCGACCCCACAAUGAUCACACGCUACGGGUACUUGACGUCUCUAGGCCAAGGCAUAUUCGGACGAGAGGACUUGGGAGCUUUAUAGGCAGUCAAAAAUGAAUUUCAUAUCACAUUUUCCGUCC